CUUUUCGGAUGGACACGGACAUACAGUUCAGAAAUUUAUCAGAUUGAAUUGCGAUGGGGAUUUCCUGGAUCAAACCUCAGGCACGUGCCUCUGCUUUAGACAUUAUCUACUGUAAACCCUGCUCCAAGGAUGGGGAGAGUGUACCUUCUGAGUCGUACUGUAUUGCCUGCGAGGAAUUUAUGUGCUCUAACUGCACAAGACUCCAUAAAAAUCAGCAAAUGUCGAGCUCCCAUGCUCUUCUUGUAAAGGAAAGCACGCCCAUAUCAAUGAAAGAACAGUCAAUGAAAAACGAUGGAACUGAGCCUUGUGAGAUCCAUCCCCAAGAGGUAAUCAAAUACUUUUGUCUCAAGCAUAAGACACUCAACUGUGGACACUGUCUAGCGGUAGAACAUCGAUCUUGUGAUGUUGAAAUUAUAUCUGAAGUAUCAAACACAUUUAAAGAUAGUUCUGAGUAUGGUCAUAUCAAAAGUUCCAUAGUCGAGUUACUAAAAAAUAGCCAUUCCUGUUCAUCUAACAUAGCGCAGAACAUCGAGUUUAUAACUAAACUUUGCGAGGAUGAGAUAACUAAAUUAAGAACGUUUUGGAAUGAGAUUCACAAAUAUUUCGAAAGAAGUGAAAACGAUCUUCUGGAAACUAUACAAAACAUGAAAAAUAUGAAUAAAGCAUUGCUACACUGCCUGCAACCGAAAUGCGAGUCUUUGAAGAUUGAAGUACAGGAAAUCAAGUCUAAACUUGAAGCACACGAAAACAACACAUUUAAGCUGUUCUUAGAGGCAAAGAGGGCACAGAAAAUACUCGAUGGUCUCCAGGCUGCAUUGGCUGACAUUAUGAAGAAGAAUAUUGUUCAGCAGUACGAAUUUAUAAAGGACCCUGCAACCGAAAGGCUGUUGACAUCGCAUUUUGGCCUUGGCGUUAUUCAGAAAAAAACUGCUAGAGACAUUCACACAUGUGUAAAACCAGAAGAUGUAAGGUCCGACACUGGCAGCAGUUUUAACUUUGGUGCAGGAAGAUCCCAAAGCACUCUUUGCUUCGAAUUUGGAACAGGUUCCUCAACGGCCUCUAAACCCACAGGGACAGGAUUCCAGUUUGGAGAUGGCACUGCUGGAACAGCUAAGCCAGCAUCCGGAUUCACAUUUGGAGCUCCAACUACCACUGCUGCUUCCUCUGUAGCAAGUUUGUCAUCUGGUGGUGAUUCAUCAACUGCUUCUAAACCCUCUGGCUCAGGAUUCCAGUUUGGAGGUUCCUCAACUGAUUCAGCAAAUUCAGCUUCAGGAUUUACAUUUGGAACACCUACCACUGUUCCAACAGGUUCAGGAUUUGUAUCCGGAUCUUCAACAGCUACAACUAAGGCUGCCACGACUACAACUACUACAACAUCUAAAACUGGGUUUACCUUUCGCUCUUCUGGCUCUUCAUCUGGAUUUGAGUUUGGUUCAACAGCUGUCUCUGUCUCAACUUCUUCAGCUUCUUCAAGCACUUCAGAAUUAAAUGCUGUUGUUUCUACUGUCGAAAGUACAAAGGAUUCUUCAGGCACCAGUAUUUUUGGAACAAAAACUUCAACAACCACAGCUGGUAUUUUUGGUGGAGCAGCUUCAAGUAGUAUCUUUGGAGCAAAGACAACAUCUGAAAUAAGAGGCGUAUUUGGAUCUUCUUCUGUAUUUACACAAUCAACUGGAGAUGGUAAACAAGGACUUGUCUUUGGCGGUGGAGCAAGUAAGGCUGUUGAAACACUGAAAUCCACAACAGAAGGUGGACCCAAAAGUGCUGGAUUUGAUACGAAAACUGAAAUGAAAGACAAAGUUAAUAAUGGUGAAAGUCUUCUAGCCAAGUUCCUGUCUAGUCCGGAUAGUUGGAAAUGUGAAACAUGCCUGAUCUCAAAUGAUGGUGAGGCAAGUAAAUGUGUUGCAUGCGGUACAGAAAAAUCAGAAUCUACAGGGUCUGUUUUACAAGAAAUGGGAACAACUGGUGCUGGAAAAUCGGCCUUCAGUGUUGGUUCAGUAUUUGGACAGGCAGAAACACAACCAUCAGCCUUUAACUUUGGCCAGGCUGCUAGCACUGAUAAGAAAUCUGAUGAAGGUUUCAAGUUCACGAUUGCUCCAGGAUCUAAUACUCAUUCUUCACAGCCAGCAGCAUCAUUGGGAUCUGGUUUUAAUUUUUCAAUGAGCAUGACUCCAUUGAAGAAAGAUAGUCCAACAAAGUUGUCAGGUUUAAAAUCUUCAGGUAUAACAUCUCAAAAAAGCUCAGAAAAUAAUGAAGAGGAUUACUAUGUAAACAAAGAAAGCGAUGACUGCCAUAUUCAUUUUGAGCCAGUUAUUGCUCUGCCUGAUACGGUUGAAGUGAAAACAGGUGAAGAAGAUGAAGAAGUGAUAUUUAAACACAGGGCUAAGUUGUUCAGAUUUCUGAAAGGAGAGUGGAAAGAGAGAGGACUAGGUGAUGUUAAGAUUCUCUACCAGCCUAAUGUAAACAAAGCGAGAAUUCUGAUGCGGAGAGAGCAGAUACUGAAGAUCUGCUGUAACCACUAUGUCACCCCUGAUUUGAAGCUUCAGCCAAUGCCUAAUAGCAAGGGAGCAGUUCUGAUUUGGUCGGCAGUGGACUUUGCUGAUGGUGAAGGGACUUAUGAAAAGUUUUCAAUUAAAUUCAAGAAUCAAGAAAUUGCGAAACAAUUUGAAAAAGCUAUUGACGAUGCCAAGGGUAAACUGACAGGAGCAAAGCCAAAGGUCCAACAGCCUGUUGUUUCACCUAAAGUUGAAUCACUUGGAGCUUUAGAUGACAAUGGUGGUGAUGUGGAGAUAACUCAAGUAGAAAAAGCUACUCCAGAAGAAAUUGAGAAAGCCAGGAAGCUGAUGUUGCCCGAUCAUUUCUAUAUGUACACAAGAUUGCCAGACUGCCGUGGAUGUCUUGGUUGUGACGACGGUGCUGGGCAAUAUUGUCACCAGGCAGAAGAUCAGCGUGGUGAAGUGGGCAAUGAUUAUGAAGAUGGUGACGAUGAUGAAGAUGAUGAUGAUGAUGAUGAUGAUGAUGAUGAUGAUGAUGAUGAUGAUGAUGAUGAUGAUGAUGAUGACGACGAUGAUGAUUAUGAAGAUGAGGAUGAGGGUGAAGAAGAAAGUUAUGAAGCUACUGAUCAGCCUGGGACCAAGUCGGGAGAGGGAGUGUUGGGUUCAGAUGGUGGGUUGUUGUUUGGUGGGGGAUCGGCUGGUGGGUUCUCCUUUGCAUCGCUGGCUAAAACCUCUCCUCAGACUAGCUUCAAGCCAGAUCCUGAUAAGCCAUUCCACUGGCAGGGAGCAGGAAAGCAGCUUUUUGGAAGUUCAGCAGGGGGCGGCCAUUCAGAUGAAGAGGGGGAAGUUCAGCAGGGGGAAGACCCACAGUUUGAGCCUGUAGUCGCCCUGCCCGACUUGGUGGAGGUGAAAACAGGAGAGGAAGAUGAAGUUGCUGUCUUCAGCCAGAGGUCAAAAUUGUUUCGAUUUGACAAGGAUGCCAAUCAAUGGAAAGAGAAAGGCAUCGGAGAAAUGAAGAUCCUCAAACAUAAAUCUACUGGCAAGUACCGCCUCUUGUUGCGUCGAGAACAGGUGUAUAAGCUAGCAUGUAACCAUGCCCUCACAGCGGACAUGAAUUUUGAGCCACUAAAAACAUCUGAGACGUCUUGGAUCUGGCAUGCACAGGAUUACACUGAGAGCCAACCCAGGCUGGAACAGUUUGCUCUUAAGUUUAAGAAUGUUGACCUUGCAAGAUCAUUCAAAAACAAAAUUGAUGAGAUACAGCAGGAAUUACGAAGUUGAAGAAAUUGGCAUGGCAUGAAGACAAAUAAUCUACAAGCUCACUAUAUGUGAAUGGACCAUAAACGCUUUGCAACCAAAGGAUUGCCUCGGCGCCAUCAUUAUCUCCUGACAUAUUUAGUUUCCGUUCUGAUCAUACGCAAUUUGUUUUACCUGUUCCUACUUUUUUCUACGUAUCUUAAUUGUCCCUACCUUUUGAAAAGGCUUCAUAUUCAUUGCUAUGUAUCUUAAUCCUACAUUUUGAAAAGGUUUCCUUUUCAUUUCCAUGUAUAUUAAGUGUUCCUACAUUUUGAAAAGGCUUCCUAUUCAUUUCUACGUAUCUUAAUCCUACAUUUUGAAAAGGUUUCCUUUUCAUUUCCAUGUAUCUUAAGUGUUCCUACAUUUUGAAAAGGCUUCCUAUUCAUUUCUACGUAUCUUAAGUGUUCCUACAUUUUGAAAGGCCGUUUUUUCCACGGUUCUUGUGUUUACCAAUGACGUCGUGAGUCCGAAGCGAGGCUUAUCAGUAAAUUGAAACCUUCCAACCUGAGAUGACCUGAUGGCUAUAAACGUUUCAACAACUUAAAACAUUCAGGGCUUAGUUUCAUGAUGACAAACAUAAAAUGUAGAGGAACAUUAUAAGUACAUUAAUUUGUUUAUCAUAGUGACAUGUGUACAUAGCAUAAUAUAUUUCAUAAUGAAUAGUUUACACUUACACCCGGCCCAUCGGGCCUUUGAGUCACCUAUAUACCGGCGAUAUAUGGAACAUUCAUAUAAAACAUAAGUUGUAUGUAACAGUGCUGAUAUACAAACAAUCAAGUACUAUUUUACGUAGCAUCAAUGACUGGAAUUAAGAUAGAAAUUAUUAAUUAAAAGCUUUGCUUUUGUUUCAAUCCUUUUCGAUAUAUCAUGUAAAUACUAGAAUUUCAUAAUUAUUACGUUCCAAUUAGAUUUUUGUAUGUUUUAUUUAUUGAAAUACUUUUAAACUAAGUAGAUGUUCAAGAUUUCCUAUUUUCCUACCUUUUUCAUUCAUACCUGUCUAUGUUCGAGAUCCUAUUAUACAAUCAUGAACAUUGACCAUUUAAGUCUAAUCUUGAUGUAUUGUACGAUUGUAUUCCACUGCUGCUGUACGGAAAGUACCUAAAGGGGUGCCACUAAACACUCGGGUAUUAUAACACAGUGCUAUAUAAAUAGAUUCCAUUAAAAAUGAUCUUAGUUACUUUUAUAUUCUCUUUUAAACUCCAGAUAUUUUUUGCAAGUAACAAUUAAACUAAAAGAUAUCCUCAGCCAGCACAUUGUCAUGACUAGUGUUUGAAACAUUUAAUCAGAUGUUUAUUGAUAUCUUAUUUAAAUUUUAAUUUACUGAUCAGUUUGUAACAUUUCAUUUAGUUUUUCUAGUGUAAUUCGCUAUAUUAGGCUGUAUACAACUACCAAAGUCUUAUUUUCUUUAGUUUGUCUAUUAAUCUUUGUUACUUUCCUUUUCCUUCUACAUGUAUUCCUUUCCAGUCUAAUUCAGUGUAUAUUUUCUAAAUAUAUAUACUUUUCCUAGGAAUAUAUGCAUACCAAAAUGUCAUCUCUGUAGUGCUAAAUAAAGUAAAUGUGUUCUUGGUGUUUUGGUUUUGUUCUUGAAGUUAAAACAAAUUGAUUUUUUUUCACUGUUGUCUUUGUUCCAAUUUAUUUGUUAGAGUCGUGCCAUUAGUGCCAUUAUGGCCAUUUUGCCAA